GCGCGGCGAACUUGUAAACUGCGUAUGCCGAACUGACGUUUUUGGUUAUUUUUGUUCUCGCCUCGUGUUUACUUUAGUGUCUAAUUUCGGUCCAAUUGCGAAAAUUCAGUUGUGCAACAACCAAAAGGUUAAUAUUUCGUUCAUAUAAGACAUAUCCGUACUUUAUAGUAUCGAUCCGCUCUUCCGGACUAGGUAUAUGUAUACAUUAUUAUCACGUGGUGGUGUGGUGGUUUAUAUAAUUCUUGUUUACCGCACAAGUAGAAACUUUGCGCAUGUGCGUCCCGUCAGUAACCUCAAAUUGUAAAGGCACGGGUUCGGCAGGUUCCGGAUAUCCGGGUCGCGACGCGGCGGCGGCGGUUCUCGCGGCGGUAUUGUGAUGUGCCCUCGUGCAAGGCGUUCGCGCCCCGCGUGUGGACAGCGUUGGUGAUAUCUGUACGCGCGCGCCUGCCAUGGCCCAGACUCAGUUUACGCGAAGCUCGGAGAGCGACGCGUGGGCGCUGCUCUCUCUGAAGUCAGCGCCCCCGUCACCCUCCAAGGUGCAGUGGGCCCAGGAGCCGGCCCCCAUCGCGAUCGCGAGGCUCGACGGCCGCGACUUCGAGUACCUCAUUCGCCAGAAGCGUGUCGUGAUAGGCCGGAACUCUAGUAGAGGCCAAGUGGACGUUAACAUGGGACACUCGAGUUUCAUAUCUCGUAGACACCUCGAACUAUUUUACGAUCACCCUGAGUUCUACCUGACGUGUAAUAGCAAGAAUGGAGUGUUGGUGGACGGCGUUUUCCAACGGAAGGGCUCCGCCGCCAUGCUGCUGCCCAAGAGAUGCACGCUACGCUUCCCUUCCACGAACAUUCGACUGGAGUUCCAGUCGCUGGUGGAGGAGAGCGGCGGCGGGGCUGGUGGUAGCUCCGGCCAGAUGCCUCCCUUACGCAUCACCAUCCCCUCAGACAGUGACGGUCGAAGCCCUGCGCCUUCGCCUACAGGUACAAUAAGCGCCGCCAACAGCUGUCCGACGUCGCCGCGCGGAGCCGGCUCUUCGGGCCGACGGCACGCUGAUCUCGGCCUCGUGGCCCACUAUGCAGCGUUGGCCGACCAUGCACGGCCCAACUCUAAUGGGACGGCUGCUUCCUCCUCGAACUCUGACUCAGGCUACGGCAGCACGCGCGACGUGCGCGAGGCUCGCGAGCCCCGCGAGGCGCGCGACGACGCCAAGCCGCCGUACAGCUACGCGCAGCUCAUCGUGCAAGCCGUCGCCUCCGCGCCCGACAAGCAGCUCACGCUCAGCGGCAUCUACAGCUACAUCACCAAGCACUACCCCUACUACCGCACUGCUGACAAAGGCUGGCAAAAUUCCAUUCGUCACAAUCUAUCGCUCAAUAGAUAUUUCAUCAAGGUCCCACGCAGCCAAGAAGAGCCCGGCAAGGGUAGUUUCUGGCGCAUUGAUCCUCAGAGUGAAGGAAAACUGAUAGAGCUCGCCUUCCGUCCGCGGCGUCCUAGGGGCGUGCAGUUCCGAGCACCCUUCGGCCUCUCCUCCAGGAGCGCGCCGACGUCGCCGUCGCAGGUGGGGGUGUCGGGGCUCGUCACGCCCGAGGAGCUCUCCCGCGAGCCCACGCCCGACCUCUUCCCUCCGGAGGACCAGGACCAGCAGGUCAACUCCUCGGCGAGUAACCAACGGUUGAGCAGCAAUAACAGCCAGUCGACGCAGUAUCUGUUCCCGCAGCGUAGCGGGGUCAGCCAGAGUGCACCCGGCUCGCCAGGUCACGGCCUGGCGUAUAGUGCCGGCGGCGGCGCGCUAGUGAUGGCUGGCCACCAGAUCACCGUAGUCACCAACGGAGCCGGCGGCGAGAGAGAAGAGAAGUAUGUGGUGGGCACGACUGGUGGUAACCUGGUCUCCAUCCAGGAGGAGGAAGUGCCCGCCAACGUCGUCAUACACCAGCACUCCCCCUACUACGGCGGUGGCUACGGGUCUGGCGGAGGCGAGGAUUGCGGCGCGGUCGGGGGGGAGCUCGUCAUCUCCGAGGCAGAGCAACUCGCGCAUCCGCCGCACAAGCGCGCCAGGCACAACAAUGUACGCACCACUUGCACCCUUCCACACUCUACUGAUCUACCCUCUACUGCUGUGAGCGCUUUGGCUAAUCUAAGUGCACGUGAUGUUCCAGAUGUCUGA